CAAGAGUUUUAACCGCGGCGCGAUGGCUUCCGUGCUAGCGUACCCGAAGGAACUCUACGAUUACGUCUGGUCGCUCCGAGACACGCGGAUAGACGCGUGGGACAGCAACAUCACCAGGGGCAGCUUCGUCAUACCGCUGAUCAUCAGCUACGUGUACGUAGCCAAGGUAGGCGGCCCCUGGUGGAUGAGAGAUCGCAAGCCUUACGACGUCAAACGAGGCAUCCUGGCGUACAACGCCUUCACUGCGCUCGCGAACGCCUACUUUCUGUACCGCAUGUUGCCGCUGACUCUCUUCGGCGGCGGAUACAGCUUCCUCUGCCAGCCAAUCGGCACCGACUGCGAGCGCGACAUGGCCGUCGUCAGCCUGAACUGGUGGUACUUCGUGGUGCGCCUCGCCGACUUCCUGGACACCAUGUUCUUCGUGGCCCGCAAGAAGUACACGCACAUCACUCAGCUUCACGUGUCGCACCACGCCCUUGUUGUGCUCGACGGCUGGAUCUGGCUCAACUUCGGCAGCGACGGUCAGGCCGUGCUCGGUACGUGCGUCAACGCGUUCGUGCACGUCAUCAUGUACACGUACUACUUCCUGGCUGCCCUCGGUCCCCGCGUGCAGAAGUACCUCUGGUGGAAGAAGUACCUCACCACCAUCCAGAUCGUGCAACUCGUGGUGCUCUUCGUCCACUCGUCCCUGCCUUUGUUCUUCGAGUGCGGCUACCCGAAAUUGCUGUGCUGCGUCGAGAUGGCCCAGCUUGUGCUGUUCAUUGUUCUGUUCACGAACUUCUACUUGAAGACUUAUAGGGCCGGCGGGAGGUCGGGACCACCGCUGGCCGAAAAGACGAAGGAGAAAGGUCAAUGAAACGC